UUGAUGAGGGAGAAAAUGGCGUCUUGCACAGGGCGAACGGAACUUUCACGAGAUAUGAAGUUAUUGCGUUUAUUUCAAAGCUGAGUCGAUUGUAAGUUUACCUUAUCGCAAUUAUAACAUAACAACAUUUAUUACUAUAAACUUAUUCAUGUAAUGGGAUCCGUGUGAGAAUGAAUGACUAAAACACAUAUUUGGAAGGUUACCAAGUGUCCAUAAUAGUCGACCUCGUUUUGUGAGCAAGACAAAUCGCCAUGUAGGAUCACAAACACCUCGGUUUUCCAAACCAAUCUACCUCAUCAGGCUCAUGAACUACCUCGCCCAAUGGCCGCAUAUUCGGAGUCAGUCGGGGAGCAGUUGGCGUGCCCUGUUUGCCUCAAUAGAAUUGACGAUCCUCGAAUAUUGCCCUGCCUUCACUCAUUUUGCAGGCGAUGUUUGGAACAGGCUAUCGAUAAAGAUCAAGGUGUACUUCAGUGCCCAACAUGUCAACAAAGUGUAUCACUGGGACCUGAAGGUAUUGAUAAUCUUCCUUCAAACUUGUUUGUUUCGAAUUUAUUUGAGGCAAUGGUACAAAACGAAGACUACGAAACUAAUGGAGAGAGGCCUAUCACGGGGACACGAUGGUGUAGUUCGUGUGAGGAAGGCAGUAAAGCAACAGCUGUGUGUAAAAAUUGUAAUGAAUAUUUGUGUGAUAACUGUGUGAUGGCACAUCAACGUGUGCGAUUGACUAAAGAUCAUUAUAUUGAACGUCUGUUAAUGAACCGUAGUAGACCACAUUAUAGUUCACUUGCUGCUCCCUUAAGUUCACCUUCACUCCCACAUAACAUACAGCUUCCAGAUUCUUUAUCAAACAGUUGCCCAAGACAUGAACAUGAAAUUCUUUGUUUUUUCUGUGAUACCUGUUCAGUUGCAAUAUGUCGUGAAUGCACCAUGGUUGAUCAUAUUGGACAUAAUCGUAUCUACCUCCAUGAUGCUGUAGAAAAUUCAAAAGCCAUCACCGUGCGACUUCUUACUGAUGCAAAACUAAGUAUUAAAGCGUUGGAAGAAGGUAUUGAAAAUUCGCAAAAUAUGGCUGAACAUACUGAAGUAAGAUCGCAGGCAGUAGCAAAUGAGGUCCGUGCAACAACUCGACGCCAUAUGAUUGCAUUGGAGGAAAGAGAACGUGAUUUACUCAGACAUGUAGAAAAGGUUAGACAGGUUAAGGGAAAAUCAUUGCACCUGCAAAUUGACGAUUUAAAGCAAGGUCUUUCAUCUCUUAUGCAAACUGUUGAUCAUGUUGAAAACAUGCUGAAUACGGGUACUGAUAUGGACUCAAUCAAUGCAAGGGAGAUAAUUGUGAAUGAAAUGCAAAAUGUGCGCAAACUCCGAGGUCAUUUACAACCUCAUGAGGAUGAUAACAUUAUGUUUACACCUCCUGAUGCUGCUUUAUAUAAUGCUAUCAGCAAAAUGGGAAUAAUAAGCAGCAGUGCAUAUGCUCCGAACUGCAUAGCAACAGGUGAUGGUUUGAAAAAAGCAUUAAAAGGGAAGGUUGCAAUGUGCAUGAUUCAUGCCAAAGACCAUCAUGGAGAGCCAAGAAUGAUAGGUGGAGAUCCUGUUGAAUGUAUAAUACAAAGUCCUGAAGGUGCUUUGUAUAGGACUGAAGUUCUUGAUCGUCAGAAUGGAACAUAUACCAUAUCGUAUCGUCCACAAAUGGAAGGAAAACAUAUCAUUUCUAUAACAAUUCGAGGCAAGCAUAUUGCAGAUAGUCCCUUUAUAGUGCAAGUAAGAAGUGGUCGAAACUAUAUGACAGUUGGACAGCUUUUUCUUACGUUUGGAGGAGAAGGAGAAGAGGAGGGCAAGUUUUGUCGUCCAUGGGGAGUAUGUUGUCAUAAGGAUAAUUACAUAAUUGUUGCAGACCGAAGCAACAAUAGAGUUCAGGUGUUUAACCCUGAUGGCACCUUUCAUCAUCGGUUUGGAUCGGCAGGAACAAGGCCUGGGCAAUUUGAUCGACCAGCAGGUGUUGCUUGUGAUUCACAGGGAAAUGUUGUUGUUGCAGAUAAGGACAACCAUAGGAUCCAAAAAUUCACGAUUGAUGGCAAUUUUCUUAUAAAAUUUGGUGAAAAAGGAAAUAAAAAUGGCCAAUUCAACUAUCCAUGGGAUGUUGCACUAAAUUCUGAAGGAAAAAUAUUAGUUUCAGAUACAAGGAACCAUCGUGUACAAUUGUUUAGUGCCGAAGGACAAUUCUUGAACAAAUAUGGAUUUGAAGGAUCGUUAUGGAAACACUUUGAUUCUCCACGAGGUGUAUGCUUUAAUAAUGAAGGACACAUGGUUGUUACUGAUUUUAACAACCAUCGUUUACUUGUGAUACACCCUGACUUUCAAACAGCAAGAUUUCUUGGAACAGAAGGUUCUGGUAAUGGACAGUUCUUGCGUCCUCAGGGAGUUAUUGUAGAUCAGGAGGGUAACAUUAUAGUCACAGAUUCCAGGAAUCAUCGCAUUCAAGUAUUUCAGCCAAAUGGCAACUUUAUGUGCAAGUUUGGAUUACCCGGUACAGGUCCAGGUCAAAUGGAUAGGCCUUCAGGUAUUUGUUUAACCCCAGAGGGGCUUCUUGUUGUUGUUGAUUUUGGAAACAAUCGUGUACAGUUAUUUUGAAUAUUGUUUUUUCUUGCUUGCUUUUUCCCUAUAAGGGUAGGCACCAUUCAAUGUUAUUGAAUAAGAGCAUUAUAGCAAUCAAGUUCAUGGUUCACGAAAAGAAAACAGUUUUAGAAACUGCAUAGUUUAACUCUUGUACACUAUACCAUACAUGUACUCAUGCUUGAUAUAAAAAUGCUCUGUAAUAGAAAUAUGAUGACUGGCACAUUGUUAAAUUUGUAUGAAUGUAAAUGCUAAAAGCAUUUUGCAGCACUUGUAUAAGUACGAUUGUGUUGCUUUUGGUUAACUGAGUUAGCUUGAAGUCUGAACUUGAUUGUUUUAUACUCAGAGUAAAGCUUUGGUUUUUUUUUCUUUAUUGUCAUUAUUAUUGUCGCUAAAAGUGAUAGACUCAGGUUUAUUUUCACAUGCCAAAGGCACAAAGCUCAGGGAAUUAGUUGUGUUUUCAGCAUUCAUGCAUGUUAUUUUUGAGAGAUUAAGGCUUAUAUACAGAUAUUCUAGAUAUCAGUGUCAUAAUGUCUUGGGUGUAUGAAAGACAAAAAACCAGAACCAAAAAAUUUACAUGUAAUUGAUAGAAUAUGACACCUACAUUGUAAUGUCAGUUUUAAAUGAUAAUUAGAAAAAACAAGUUGAAAGUAGGAGAUUAAGAUUUACAUUAUUUUUCCCAUUUUCUUCAAUAGGUCACAUAAGUGAUACAAAUAUGUACAGUUUUGUACUGCAACAAAUUUAAAAACAUUUUGUUUAUAUUUUAUUUUAAGUUUUGGGGUGACUUAUUUAAUUGAUAACUUCUUAAAUAUAAAUGAAUAAAUACAUACAUGACAUAUAGAUGUAUUCUAAAUUUUGUACAUGUAUGUAAAAAAAAUCCCUAUUUAAAACUACAACCAUUUCAACAUGUAACUUACAAACUUAACUAAAAUAAAAUUAUAAAUUCGAUAUGAAUUACAAAUUGAAUUAACAAAUAUAUAUAAGUUAAAUUUCCAUUAGGUAACCAAGAUAUAAAACAUGUAUAAAACAAUUUAUAAUGAAAAGACUUAAUACAAAACAAGUGGGUAAUUUUCGGAAAAAAUAAAGGCCAGAAAAAGCUACCUCUGAAAAGCAUUGUGCAUGAUGUUCCUUAAAAUUAAUGUUUAUAUUAGUUGCUAAGGGAAACAUGACCAUGACUAUAUCUAUGCUGAUCAAACAUUUCAUGUUAAUCCAAGCAGGGAAUUUGGUCAGUAAAUAAAAAUGAUAUAAUAUAUUGAUAUACAAUCUUGCCCAUAAUUUAAAACUUAUUGAAAAUUUGUUAAUAUUUACCAUUCAGGAAUUUUACUUUAUGUAUUAGAUUUUUACUUGUUAUCACUGGGGUAUUACACAAAUUUUUCUGGUGGUUUUCUUGAGCCUUUUGAAAAAAAUCUGCAUUGUCAGGAUGCAAGUUUUGAGAAUGCAUUAGUAUACAUGUAGGUUGUAUGAGAAAGAGUUUGCUAAUUUUUUUUAGACAUGAACUUAUUUUAAUUAGUACAUUAUAUAAGAUUUUUUUCUUUCUUGCAUAAAUGUAUAUGAUUGAUUGAUCCUUUGGCAUAUAGUUUUUAGUGAAAUUGCAUUUCCAAAUGUUGAACAUUUUGUUGACUAAAUGGUAUUGAUUUUAGUUUGCAAUAAAUUUUUUUAAAGAUUUAUCAGUGUGUAGUGAAAAUGUUUUAAGUUUAUAAGUAUUGGGGAAUUGAACUUGUAUUCUAGAAAUACAUAUAACAUUUGUUUGUGCAGUCUAUCUUACAAAUUGUAGAAAAAAAGAAAACUUCAUAUUUCCUAGUUUGUAGAAAUAUAUGAGAUAUGAGGCUAGAAACCCCCCCCCCCUUUUUUUUACGAUCAUCAGAUGUUUAGUCAGUAAAGGACCUACAAUUUAAAGCAUAAUUUUGGAAUAAAGAAAAAGGGUUAAAUGUCUUGCACAUGUAUAUCUUUGGGACCAGGGAGUGCCAGCUUAAGCAGUCAUUUAAAAUAUCGUUCUUAAAAUAUUACAUUCUUAACAUUUCUUAUAUAUUUGAUUUAUAUCUUAAAUUAAUUAAUAAAAUACAAUACACUGAUAAAAAUAUAAUUAUGUCAUCUAUUAUUACUUUUUUAAAUAGAGCAAUGUAUUUGUUUCACCUUUAGUAACCUCAAUGGCUUAUUGUUAAUUUUUAGGCUUGGAACUAAUUAAUUUCCCAUGGUAAUGUGGAUAUCCUGUUGUUUACUAUUAUCUUUGCCAGAUUUUUGACAUAACAUUUUCCUUUGCCCUCCAGCUUGAAUUGGACAUGCAUAUUAAGCUGGACAUUCCCAUGUGAUAGGUCAUUUUGGGCCUUCUCCUGUUAUUUAAUGGUCAUAAAAACACUCACAUGACCUGGUCACUGAAUGAGAUCAUCUGGGUCAGAGAGUUGUUUACAAUGUUUGGCCACAUUUAAUUCUGACUUUGUAGUUUUGAUAAAUAGAUAUUAUGUUUCAGACUUUCUUCAAAAUAUUUUGGGACCGAAAGAUAUAUACAUGAAAUUAAAUUAGACAUCAGGGGUUUAUGAAACACAAUUUAAAUUAUGAAAUUUGAUUUAAAAUAAUUUAAAAAAAUAUAUAUGAAGAUAUUUGAUUUUUUUACAUGAAAACAAAUAUAUAUGUACUGUAUGGUGAAGGGGUUAUUUUAUAAACAUGCUUUUAUCACUUUUAUAAGUGAGAAAAUUUGAUGAAUGAUUGAUGAGAAUUGUUUGAAGUAUUAUAUUCACUGGAAAAUGUUUAAGAUUUUUGUUAUAAAUAUUAGUGUAGUAUAAAUAUAUAUAUAUAUAUAAUCUAGCUUUUAGAAUGGAAUAUGUGUUUGUUUGUUUUUUUUAUUUGAUAUUGCAUUUCCGGUGCUUGUUAAAAAAAUAUGUGCUUGUAUAUGACUAUUUUUGCAUGUUCUUGAAUAGCAUUGUUUGUGAUCAUGAGAAAGAUAGUAUAUCUUUACAUUUAUUGUUAGGGUAUAUGAUAUCCUUCUCCUUUCAUUGUUUGUUACUCAUUUGUUUGUUCAAGAGUUUUCCAAAAACUCUUCUUUCAAUUUCGAAAUAAAAGUUUUUGAAGGUGGCAUUAUUUUUGUCUGUACAUUUAUUUCUAAAUGUUGGCAGAUUUAAAUUAACAUGGACAUAAAACAAAUUAUGGACAGUACAUGUAUAUCAAAUGCAUACAAUUUUUUAAAAGAUUUUUUUGGUUAGUUUUCUCCUUUAAUAUAAGGUUUAGAUAGUCAUUUUUGAAAAGAUUUGUUUUAAAUCAAUAAUUUUUUAUCCUCACAAUUACUAGCAAAUCAUUUCAAAUAUAUUCAACCUUUUAAAUUUGGAAUAUUUAAAAUUGAUAACAGUACUUGUAUAUUGUACAUGUUGCAUUUACUCCAAACAAAAAUAUUUGGUUGGUGUGGUUAAAAGACAUGCCACAAAAUUAUUAUGAAUAUUCAUGAAAUGUAGAAUGGCAAUACCAGAAUAAGUAAUUUUUUAAAUGCAAUAUUCAUUCUACUUUUUAAUACUUUUAUAUUUAAGGACGCAGAAAUUCAGAAAAAAAAUCAUGUUUUUUAAAAAACAAAUGGGACUUUAUAAAUUUAAAAAAAAUACUUGCUGAUCUGUCUGAAGGAAACUACACUGUACAUAACUUGUACAAGUCAGGUCACCUGACCAACUCUAAAAAUUCUAAAAAAUAUAACUUGUUGACAAAUAAAUCUUCAAAAGAAAUUAUGUUUGCUAUUUUGUGAUUAUGUCUUUUGUUUGUAUGAUAUGUAUAUUAACUGUUUAUUUUUUGUCUCUGACGUUGGAUAAAACGGGUAUUGUAUUAUUAUUGUAGGCUUAAUAGGCAAAUAUGCUUAAAAGCUGGUUUUAAAACCUGAUUACCUCAUAUGCUAUGAUGUAUAUAUAUAUAUUAGCUUAAGUUGUUUAUAUUACUUUUAAGCCUUUUGAAAAUUGUUUUUCAGUCCGGUCUGUAAUGAUAAUAAGAUUGAUUUUACCAUGUUUACACCUUUAGUUUUAACUUGUUUGGAAAUAUUUUAUGAAAGAAGUUAUAUUAAUUCCUUAUCUAAAAAUAAUUAACUAGAUUUUAAACUAAUAUUCUUAUAGAAUUAUAAAUUGAUAGUUUUAAAAAAGAAUAUUAUCAUUACAAAGAUGUGAAAGACAAUUUUUAAAAGGCCAUUUUUUUGUUACUUGUAGACUUUAAAGAAGUUAUGUUAUUUACCGGUUGUUUAUUUCUGUAAAUCCAUAUUACGUUAAUUUCUCAGGCAGCAUAUCAUUUUCAUAGAUUUUUGCCUAGCAAAGAAUGUCCUAAUGCACAACACCAUACAAGAAAGGCAAUAUAGUAACACAGUUACAAAUUUUUGAUGUUAUUUUUGUUCCAAACUGUGAGUUCAUAGUUUGUUAUACACAUAUAGGUCUGUGAGACCUUACUGGUUGUUCAAAACUUUUGUAUCGGGCUCGCUGAAAGCGAUAAAAAAAGAAAAUCUAUGCUUUUGAGAACAGUCAAAUUGUUUGUUGUUAUAAAAUGUACAGUAUAGAAUAAGUACCUCUUAAGCUUUCAAAUAUUAAGUUUGGAAGUCAAUUGUUUGCAUUUAUUAUAAAUUUUAUUUUACCUUCAUAGGGGUUUUCAUUUCAGCGCAUUUUGUGAAAUCAAGUGUGUCUAUAGCUUCAUGGACAUUUUCUUUCUAGAACUUUUUCAUAUUCAUAAAAAAACCUAGUCAUAUUUUGUUUUAUUUGUAAACAAUUAGCACUAAUUUUUGUUAUCACUGAAAUAAAUAAUAUCUAUAUAAAAAUAUAACAAAAAAAGGGGAUUUGAAAUUUUUCAGCUUUCGAAAAUUAUUGCUCUGCAGUCAAAUUGUUAAAUAGAUUUAAAAAUAUUCUUUUGACUAUAGUCUAUGCAUUAAUUUGUGAUAGAAAAAUGACUAAUGACCAGGUGUAGGACUAGAAAGACCAUCUUUACAGCUUAGUAAAUGAGAAGGUGUUAUUUUGUUUUGUUUUGUAAGGGUUGCUGUCUCAUAGAAGUGUUCCCUACACCUCCCUUUACAAUAUACAUGUAACAGAAUGGAUCAUGGAUAAACAUAAAACAAAUUGAAUAUAACCCCCCCUCCUCGAUAAUUUGUAUACUAUAUAAAUCAGGUAAUAGCAUAUCCGUACCUCAUUUGUGUGUCUCAGGAAUAACAUCUUUUAACAUCACUUCUUUGAAACAUUUGUACCUCAUUUUAGCUUAUAUAUUUACAUACAGUUAUAUAUACACUUGUACAUUAUCUUUUGUUUAAGUAAUAUUACACAAGAUAACAAUCAGUAGAAAUACCUCUAAUAUUGUACUCAUAUGUCAUCCUAACCUUUUUGUUAUAAAAAUCUUUUCCACCCUAAAUGACCAUCAAAAGUUCUGUCAUUUAAUGGUUAUGGUAAUUCAUUGGUUCCGACUUUUCUAUAAUUAUAAAGAUGUACUUCAUAAUCUAAGAUAAUUUUACUGAAAGUAGUUUUUCUAACCCCCAUGGAAUAAGUAAAUGCUUUUCCAAUGGGAAGAUUUAGUAAGCAGUAUGGAUUUUUUGAAUAUGUGUCAUUAAUUUUAAAAUCUUCAUUUAUAAAAUUUAGUUCCUCUUUAUCUGUUAUCACAUUGUUAUCUAUUUGUUAUAAUUGACUGUCCUCACCAUCAUAGAUUUUCUUGUUUAUCUGUGUUACUAUGGAAACAUAAAUUAGUAGCCAAUUUCUUAUAUUUGUACUGAAUUGUGCUGAAUUAUAUUUUUGCAUAUAAUGCACAGAUUUGUCAAACAAAUGGUCGUUUAACUUUUUUGACAGACGUUCUUUUGAAUUUAAUGUCAUCCCAGUUUAUUCAUCAAAUGAAGAAAAACCUAGUUGGAGUGCUUGCUUUUUUGCUAAUUGUUUGUUUAUAUUAAAAUACAUGUAAUGUGGAGUAGACAUAUUGAUCUAGAUGAUUUAAAUACUGGUUUGUUUUAACUCUGGUUUAUUUUAAUUCUACUAACUAGAAUAUUUUUAUCAGUUUUGGUAAUUUUUACACAUCUACUCUAUGCUGUUUUCUGAUGAAGUUUUUUCAUACUCAAAACAUUGGGCAUUUCUUUAAAAAAAAAGCAUUAUUAUAUUCAAUAUUGAUUAAUAGUACAAGUACACAUCGAUGGAAUAUGUUUCUACAUAUAUACAUGUAACUUCCAAUACAUUGUACAUGAUGUAAACUUUGUGUUCUUUUAAUUUUUAUUCACUGUGCGAUUUGUUAUUGAUAACAUAAGAAAUAAAUCUGUAUUUUUAUUACACUUUACGUCAAAGUCUGUACACUUUUUCUUUAUUAAAGUACAAUUUAAUGUAUGAAUUUAUUUUGCCUUUUGAAGUUUAAAAUGUUUCCUACCUUUUGUUCACUUCUUAUCUGUUCCUUGUUCUUUUUUAUCCUCCUAAAGUAUAAAAGAAAUAUAAAUAUAUAUAUAAAAGUCUAUGUAUAUGAUAUAUACUUGUUUAAUUUUAAGCUAUUUGUUUUAAAAAUGGAAAACACUCUGUGCUUUUAACACUUUUUUCUAAUCUUGUGCCAGUAAACUUUGUCAACCAGUGCAAUUGCCACAUUAAAGUAGUACUUUGAAAAA